UAACACAAAAGACAAAAAACAAAUACUGGUACCAAAAAUAGUGGAAAAAACAAGAAGUUGCAUCAUUAAGCUUGAUCCCUCUUUAAAUGCUGAUAGAGUUUGAGUCAAAAAGACUCCAGUUUAGGACUUAGUUUAAGUAAACAGAGCCACAUGAUGACCCCUUUAAUAUAAAAUAUUCAUAGAAAAAAGCACUUUUAUAAAAGCACCUCUCCUUUCUAUUUGGACACUUCUUAAACCUGCAGAGGCCUUCUGGUCAUUAACUUACAAGGAGCCUGAUAAUGACUCUUUGGGUGGAAAUAUUAGAAAGUCAUUUGUGUCUUAAACGAGGUGAAACCAGCUGCACCUGCCCAGCACCAAAAGACAUUCGUACAACAGUGAAUUAUGGCGCUUUGCAGCAGUUCAGGGGAGGUUGAAGACUCCGCUCUGGAGGGCUGGAAUGUGAUUGGCUCCGGUGGUUUUGGACAGAUCUACAAAGCCAGGCAUCGUCUUUGGGGCUGCGAUGUGGCCAUUAAACUGCUUCAUUAUGAUGAUGGGACCAGCUCCUCAUUGCUGCGUGAACUUGACAUGAUGCGUCAAGGAAGCAACCCCUACGUUAUUCAUGUCCAUGGGAUGUUUAAGGGUCGACCGCCUUUUCUCAGCUCCUCGGUACAGCUUGGGCUGGUCAUGGAGUUCAUGGAGAGAGGAUCACUGGCUUCCCUGCAGAAUACGUUACUAAGUCCACUACCCUGGCCGCUGUCUGUCAGACUGACUCACCAGGUGGCUCUGGGUAUAAACUUCCUCCACACCUGCUCUCCCACUGUCCUGCAUCUGGACCUGAAGCCCAGCAAUGUCCUUCUGGACCCCUCUCUGAAUGCCAAGCUUACAGAUUUUGGCCUCGCCAAGUUUUAUCACAGCUGCACACGGGCUUCCAGGAAAAGCAGUGAAGAUGAGGGGGGAACUAUCAGCUAUAUGCCACCAGAGGCUUUUGACGUAUCAUAUCGUCCUACACCGGCCUCUGAUAUCUACAGCUUUGGUGUUCUGCUGUGGUCUGUUGUCACAGGGAAGCAACCAUAUGCUGAUGCAUUGCCCAGCAUAGUGCGGUUUCGCAUCCCGCUGGGAGACCGUCCAUCGCUGAAUGAGAUCAGGUGUCAGGCUGCAGGUUGGCCAGGGUUGACAAGACUAAUGGACCUCAUGCAGGAAUGCUGGGAGGCAAAAUCCAGCCAGAGGCCCACUGCCCUAGAGUGCACAAGACAGACAGAAGGACUGUUUGAGAUGCACAAACAUGUAAUAGCUGAUGCUGUCUAUCACGUGCUGAAAAAACUGGAGUCAGUGCCUGCCAGAGCUGAACCUGUGAACAUUUGUAAUGAUGUACCAACAGGAAACCCGCCAGUUCAGGAAAUGGCUGGUAGAUGGACUCCAAAUGAAAGACAAACAGUCAGAGAUUCUCCUCCGAGGAGGCUCAACAAUGUGUGUCAGGUUGAUCAGGCCCACUCAUCAGGAGACUAUGAAAUAAAACCAUCUUCUGUUCAUCCCAUUCAUUCAUCAUCACCAUCUGUGGCAGUCCUGGCUUGUUUUACGCCAUGGGCGAACACCCCCCUUUGCACCCCCACACCCCCCAGAAGAAAGAAUUUCCACUAGCCCAAUGUAAUCUGGAUAAAAUGAUCCCAGUUAUAGGAGCCACUUAAUUCACUUAACCAGACAUGUUUCUUUAAUAG